AUGCGGGUGUUUGCCGCGUUUGCAGCGCAGCUACUUAAGCACCCCAAUGCUACUUCACCACUUUCUCCUUUUGCGAUCUCCAGGGACCAUCUCUCGUUCUUCACGGUCAACUACAGCAUGAGUUCCGCCCAGCGACAGUCGGGCCUGGUCCUCGCCGCCCGGUAUGCGGUCCCGUUCGUCCUGUUGACAAUCCCCGUCUGGAUGACCCGAGUCAAUGCCGUCGUUCCCGAAGCCUACCUGGACGAAGCUUUCCAUGUGCCCCAGGCGCAAGCGUACUGGCAUCACCAGUGGACGCACUGGGAUCCGAAAAUUACGACACCUCCGGGUCUGUACCUAUGGUCAUAUUUGCUGUGCAUUGUGGCUCUCACACUGCGCGAUUCCCCGAAGGAACUCAACCCGGAAGCUUUGCGGGCGACCAACGCUGGAGCUGCCGCCGUCUUCCUGCCUUGGAGGUUGCAGACACUGCUGGAUACCCUGCGCAAGGAGCGCAACGACCGUCCGUCGGGAGCUUGGCUCAGCCACACUGUUCUGAACAUCUGUCUCUUCCCGCCGCUGUUCUUCUUUUCCGGCCUGUACUACACCGAUAUCCUGGCACUCCUGCUUGUCGUUGAAGCUUAUAAUUGGGACCUGAAACGCGCUACGGCACUGUCGACAGUGCCCAGUCGAAUCGUCGUGUUCUUGCUCUUGAGUCUGGUGGCACUCGUGUGCAGACAGACUAAUAUCUUCUGGGUUGCCGUUUUCUUCGGUGGAUUGCAGGUGGUCCGGUCUGUGGAACGGGAUGCGAAGACAUGCCGAUCAAAAAACGUGGCGGAUAUUCUUAGGGGAGGCUUCAACGGUGAAGUAUAUGAUCCUUUCGUUUCGGAUGCCUCCAUCACAGACUAUUUCAGGGCUGCUAUUUCCCUUGGUGCGGCUGCCUUAGGUAAUUUGGGACGGGUAACUGUCUCGCUGCUCCCAUAUGUCUUCACUCUUGCAGCCUUUGGUGGGUUUGUGCUAUGGAACGGUGGAGUUGUUCUGGGACAUAAGGAAUUCCAUACUGCUGGCUUGCAUCUGCCUCAGAUGCUCUACAUCUGGCCAUACUUCUUGUUCUUCUCGUGGCCGAUCCUCGCGACGCCUGUACUCAACCUGGUUCUUCCACAGUCCUUAUUGCCUAAGUGGAUGGACUACGGAUUCACUGCCAAGCAGAAAGGCCUCCCAAAGCUUCUGACUGCUAUCGCCGUCAUUCCGACUAUGAUGGCUGUCGUGCAUUUCAACACGAUUGUUCACCCUUUUACACUGGCCGAUAACCGACACUAUGUGUUCUACGCCUUCCGCAUCCUUCGUUCUCAUCCCGCGAUCAAGUACAUUGCCACCAUCAUCUAUUUCUUAGGCGCUUGGGCGGCGAUCUCUGCCUUUGGGUUUGCUACCACCACCUCCCCGCCGCGCUUAGUCUCCGUGCCACAGUCAGCGCCAUCUCCGGCGGCCCCUGCACAACCGCAGACUCGCAAGCAAGCGAGGGACGCCAAAUUCAGGCAGAAGGAAAACAAGUCGAAGACCGCAAAUAAAACCACACAGCCUCCGAAGCCGAAGCCGUUGGACGAGGCUUCCUUUGAGAAGCUCAAGGAAGCCAUCAGUCAGCGCCAGAGACAACAGCAGGGAGCCCUGCGGGUGAGCUUUGUCCUGGUAUGGCUCGCUGCAACUGCACUGUCGCUCAUCACGGCGCCUCUUGUUGAGCCUCGAUACUUCAUUAUUCCGUGGGUAAUGUGGCGAUUGCAUCUCCCUCGGCAGCCGGUACCGCAAAUAUACCGUGAGAAGCGUCCGAGCGACGAAAAGGAGGCACUUCAUGCGGCGAUUGCGACCAACUUCCCCUUAUUUUUGGAAACACUCUGGUUUAUGCUGGUCAAUGCAGUGACCGGAUAUGUUUUCCUCUACAAGGGAUUUGAGUGGCCUCAGGAGCCCGGGAAAGUCCAACGGUUCAUGUGUCGAAUGAGUUCGGGGUUGGCAUGUACACCCGUGACCGGCUUCCGUCUGCCACCAGUCACCGGCGACAAUCGAGUUGCCGUUCCACCAACCUCGCCUUCUCCCAACGAGGUACAGCUUCCUGCAGGUGAAUACAAAACCAUGGAUGAAACGGCCCAUCCUCCUGCAAAAAGGGCCAAGCUCUCCUCUGACGACUCCACGACCAACAGCACUACGGCCUUGGCAUCCCUGCGCCGCUCUAUUACUCCGCCGUCACCACGGCCUUCAAAGAGAGCUGCUUCAUCGCCCGCAAAGACGACGAACGCACAGCAAGAUACAGCGCGGGUCAUUCCGUCUCCUUUCCAAUUGACACAUGUCCGCGAUCUGGCCGAGUCCUCCGGUAACAAUGCAGACACGGUUCGAUUGCACAACAUCCUAGGGGAUCCGAUGAUCCGCGAAUGUUGGCAGUUCAACUACCUGUUCGAUGUGGACUUUCUCAUGAAGCAGUUCGACGAGGACGUCCGGUCUCUAGUCAAAGUCAAAGUUGUCCAUGGGAGCUGGAAGAGGGAAGCUCCCAACCGCAUCCGCAUAGAUGAAGCAUGUUCGAGAUACCCCAAUGUGGAAGCUAUAGUAGCCUACAUGCCCGAGGCCUUUGGGACCCAUCAUUCGAAAAUGAUGAUUCUCCUCCGUCAUGAUGAUUUAGCUCAAGUGGUCAUCCAUACCGCCAACAUGAUCCCCGGCGACUGGGCCAACAUGUGCCAGGCCGUGUGGCGCUCGCCCCUCCUUCCACUGCGGAAGGACAUUGAUGCAGAGUCCGAGGAUGCUGCAAAGAUCGGUAGUGGCAUGCGCUUCAAACGAGACCUCCUCGCAUACCUGGACCACUACGGUCCAAAGAAAACAGGACCGCUGGUUGACCAGCUGCGCCGGUAUGAUUUUGACGCGGUGCGCGCUGCCCUCGUCGCCAGCGUACCAUCGAAGCAGAAGAUCAACACGGCGGAUUCUCAACGAACUACUCUCUGGGGCUGGCCCGCGCUCAAGGACGUGGUCCGGGGUAUUCCACUACGUGCGGCUGGGGGUAGUAAAUCUGCAGUUACACCACAUAUUGUUUCUCAGAUUUCCUCAGUUGCAUCGCUUGGCCAGACCGAUAAGUGGUUGAAGGAAGUGUUCUUCAAGUCGCUCUCAUCGGAUCCCACCAGCAAAUACUCGAUCAUCUUUCCAACCGAUGAUGAGAUUCGACGCUCCCUAAACGGCUAUGGAUCAGGUGGGUCCAUCCACAUGAAGAUACAGAGUGCGCCGCAACAAAAACAGCUGCAGUACAUACGUCCGUAUCUGUGUCACUGGGCGGGAGACCGAGACGAUGGCUCGAGUGCAGGCACGUCAAUGUCUCGCAAGCGCGACGCAGGGCGUCGGCGCGCGGCGCCUCAUAUCAAGACGUACAUCCAGUUCUCGGAUACGAAGACGAUGGACUCGAUUGACUGGGCGAUGGUGACAUCCGCCAACCUCUCUACGCAGGCGUGGGGCGCCGCGCCAAAUGCUUCCGGGGAGAUACGCAUCUGUAGCUACGAGAUUGGGGUUGUCGUUUGGCCACAGUUGUUCGCAGACAGCGAUGCCGAAAGUGCCGUGAUGGUCCCGUGCUUUAAGCAGGAUACGCCCGCCUUCGCGGAGCGCGAAGGUCCUGUCCCGUCGGUGGUGGUCGGUCUCCGCAUGCCAUACGACCUCCCCCUGACCUCAUACACGCCAAAGGAUACGCCGUGGUGUGCAACGGCGACGCAUACGGAACCCGACUGGCUGGGUCAGACCUGGACAGACGACGGCUAG